CCAUGUCAAGAAAGUGAGUUUUCGUCUGUGUGAUACGGGAUCAAUAGAAAAUUAAAUUGUGAAUUCUCACAUAAAAUAAUGCUGUUAUCGCGUGUGAAUAACUGAAAAUACAUAAUAUAGACAUAAGGCAAGAGUUUUGGUGUUCAAUACAUUGCCUGGACGUUGUUUAAACGUAAUCGCAUACAAUACAUUGCUUUGGCGAAAUGACGGGGCCGUCUCGCCUUUUAUCCCCGACAAAGUGAAGUGUUAACUCAAAGUACCGAGAACUCUUAAAACAGUGACUUAUUUAUUAUUAUGUAGUUGAACUUUCGGAAUUUUGGUUUUAUUCGUCGUGAUUAGUGUUGUUCUUGGUGUUUUUAUUGUUAUGCCGUCGAGAUGAUGUGGUUUUACGUAGCAGUGGCGGCCGCUGUGACCGCCGCUAUAAGCGUACAGGGCGAUCAAGUGAUGCUUCUUGAUACUACAACUGAAAAUACGCUCGGAUGGACUCGAUAUCCUUACGGCCCGCAAGCCAGCACGCCAGGAUGGCUCGAGGAAUCUUACACAAAUUUUGAGAAACAAAUAAAUUGGCGAUCCUACGUAGUGUGUGAUGUUGCUCACCAUAACGUAAAUAAUUGGUUAUGGACUCCAUUUAUAGAAAGGAGGAAUGCGAAUCGCAUUUACAUCGAAAUCAAAUUCACGAUUCGCGAUUGUUCAUUAUUCCCUGGUAAUGCUUUGAGCUGUAAGGAAACAUUUAGUUUGUUAUAUUACGAAUUUGACGUGGCUACCCGUGAACAACCGCCUUGGGAACCCGAAAGCUACAAGUUAGUUGGCAGAAUUGCAGCUGGUGAAGGGAGGUUUAAUACCAAUUCAGAAGUUGAUAUCAACACAGAGGUAAAAAGCAUAGCUGUCACAAAGAGAGGUGUCUACAUAGCAUUCAGAGAUCAAGGUGCAUGCAUUUCUAUCUUAGCUGUAAAGGUAUACUAUAUUACAUGUCCAGAAGUCACUAUAAAUUUUGCUAGAUUCCCAGCUACACCUACAGGUCGAGAAGUGACUGUCAUCGAACAAGCCAAUGGCACUUGCGUUGAAUAUGCUGAAACAGCCCCUGGGGAAUCUCCUCCUGUAUAUUUAUGCAAAGGAGAUGGAAAAUGGACUCUGCCAAGUGGUUCAUGUAAAUGUAAAGGUGGCUAUGAACCAGACCAAGCUAAUCAAGUCUGCAACGAGUGUGCUCCAGGAAAGUUCAAAGCUCACACAGGAGAUGAUGCGUGCAUGCCAUGUCCUGACUAUUCAGAAUCAACAUCAUUUGCUUCAGUUGAAUGUAAAUGUGUCCCUGGAUUCUUCAGGGCUAAGAAAGAUCCUAAGAAUGUACCAUGUACUCAACCACCCUCUGCCCCAGAUAAUUUAACUGUGACAUUUGCAGAUCAAUUUUCGAUAUCUCUAGCAUGGCAACCUCCUCAUAAGACUGGGGGACGUAGUGAUGUAACUUAUGAAGUCCAUUGUACUAAUUGUGGACCUAAUGUCGAAUACCGGCCAUCUUCUAGUGGACUUAACCACACAAGAGUCACAGUGAUGGGUUUAGAUCCAGUAACUGAAUAUAAAUUUCAAGUACUUGCUGUGAAUGGAGUUUCUGAAUUGACUGGGGAUCCACCGAAGAAAAUUGAAAUUACCGCUGUCACAGAAGCCUCUGUUGUCAGUGUUGUAUCAAAACUGAGAAUUGUUACUGUAGAAAAUGACAAAUUAUCUCUUGCUUGGAAUCCUCCACCAACUGAUUUGACCGACCCAGAUGAUACUAUUGAAAGCUAUGAAGUGAAAUGCUUCCCUAAGGAUAAUCAUGAGAGAAGUGCUAAUGUUACUGUAAAAAUUACAAAAGAGCCACAUGUAAUUAUUGCAGGAUUGAAGAGAGAUACUGAAUAUGGCAUAAGAGUACGAGCUAAAAUGAAGAGAGGAUGGGGAGAAUUGAGUGGCAUUGUAUAUGCCCGAACUGGGGCCGGAAUGGAACCCACAUUUGUUGGUGAAGAUGAAGGAGCACAAGUACCCUUGGUAGCAGGUGUUAUGGUAGCUGUUGUUGUUUUGUCUGUUGUUGCGAUUAUUGCAACAGUUUUAUUCCUGAGAUCUCGGGCUGAUGAUGAAUGUGAUAAAAAACAACCAAGUGACUGUAAUGCACUCAAUUAUAGAAAUGGAGAAGUUUAUACUGGCCCAGAUAGGCCAACUAAGACAAGCAGUAAUGCUACCACACCACUCUUCGCAGGGACUGGAUCCAGAACAUAUAUUGAUCCACACACUUAUGAAGAUCCAAACCAAGCAGUAAGGGAAUUUGCUCGUGAAAUAGAUGCUUCAUGUAUCACUAUUGAAGCUAUUAUUGGCGGAGGUGAAUUUGGCGAUGUAUGCAGAGGAAAACUUAAAUUACCAGCUUGUGGUCAAGAAAUAGAUGUUGCCAUAAAAACCCUGAAACCUGGAUCCACUGAAAGGGCUCGACGAGACUUUCUGGCCGAAGCAUCUAUCAUGGGCCAAUUUGAACAUCCUAAUGUUAUAUUUUUGCAAGGUGUCGUUACAAAAUGUAAUCCUAUUAUGAUUAUCACUGAAUUUAUGGAAAAUGGAUCCCUCGAUACGUUCUUGCGGGCUAAUGAUGGUAAAUUCCGAGUACUUCAAUUGGUUGGAAUGCUACGUGGAAUAGCAACCGGAAUGCAGUAUCUUUCGGAAAUGAAUUACAUACAUCGCGACCUUGCUGCUCGCAACGUGCUCGUUAAUUCACAGCUAGUGUGUAAAAUAGCUGAUUUUGGUUUAUCGCGAGAAAUCGAAUCCACAGCUGAUGGAGCAUACACAACACGAGGUGGCAAAAUACCAGUGCGAUGGACAGCCCCUGAAGCUAUUGCUUUCAGAAAAUUCACUUCUGCCAGUGAUGUAUGGUCCAUGGGAAUCGUUUGCUGGGAGGUAAUGAGCUUUGGUGAAAGGCCUUACUGGAAUUGGAGUAAUCAAGAUGUGAUUAAAUCAAUAGAGAAGGGUUAUCGUCUCCCUGCACCCAUGGAUUGUCCAGAAGCUGUGUAUCAGCUUAUGUUAGAUUGUUGGCAAAAAGAGCGCACUCACCGGCCUACAUUCGCAAGCAUUGUAAAAACUCUUGAUAAGCUGAUACGAUGCCCUGACACUCUGCGGAAAAUAGCCCAAAACCGUUCAACGGAUCCUUUAGCUGGAGAUACGCCAGACCUGAUUCAAUUCUCUUCUGUAGAAGAGUGGUUGGAGUGUAUAAAAAUGUCAAGAUAUAUUGAGAAGUUCAGAGCAGCUGGCAUAACCGACAUGAAUGCUGUAGUUGACCUCACAGUGCACCAAUUGGCCUCUUUAGGAGUGACCCUGGUCGGUCAUCAAAAGAAAAUCAUGAAUAGUGUCCAAAGCAUGCGCGCACAGAUCCGUGUCAGUGGCCCUUAUGGGUUCCUUGUUUAAAUAACUGAAUGGGAAAUGCAGUGUUGUUUUGUAUUGAAACGUGAUUCAAACACAGUGAUUUAAAUUAAUGAAAAUAAUGCAUUUUGUAUAUUUUUCUAAAAAACUGUCCUAGGGGGUAGAUUAUAUUAUAUUAUAUGGACAUCCACGGAGGUGUUUCAAUGUCAUUAUGGUGUUUAUAUUUCUAAUCACAGUUUUACUUAAUCAAUUAGAGCAGCUGUAUGGGGGAUAUUUAAGUUAUACAAACCAGAGGCCUAAAAUUAUUCUUAAUAGGAAGAAUCAUAACAACAAGCCUUUUAAAGCUGCCGUCUUUUAAAACAACGAACACAUUGCCAUAAUUAAUUUAAAUGAUGAUUUUAUAUCCAUAUAUUAUCUUGUGAAAGGUAAAAAAAUGUAUAAAUUAAGAUAUUUCUAAAAAAUUUAAACAAAAGCAAACAUUGUUUUUUGUUACUUAUUUUGUGACUGAAAUAUUAUUUUGUGAUCUUAUUUAUAUAAAUUUAUGUUUUAAGAUUUUUAUCUAUACUUCCAGUAUAAUUUAUAUAUAUUUAAAAUUUUCUAAUGUUUCGAUAUUAAUUACGAAAAUUAUAAGUUUAGAAAAGAUAUUAUUGUAUCCCAUCUAUUGACAUUCCGAUGGCAAUCAUUUGUGGAAUAUAAAUUAAAUGUAGGUAGCUAAUUUCACUGCUCAGAUGUGCAUUUCGGUAUCUAUAGAUGGAGUUUGAGAGGUACAUUCUUAUGGCAGUUGGUAAAUGCCUGAAGUUCUGUAACAAGUUUAACUUUAUUAUUUAUAUUUGUACACCUGCCCAUGGUCCUACAAAAUUGUGAUCAUUCAAAGUACUUAAUUAACUUUAUUACUUGCCACAACAAUGCAUUUAUUUUGUUGUACUUUUAAUGUCCAUAUUUUUAAAUUCGCUUGUAUAUAAGGCUGAAAUUUUUAGCGUUAAUUACUUUAGAAUUUUGACCUUUAUUAUUUUAUAGUAAGCCCGUUUUUAUGGCUGUGUUUUUUACACAACAAAAGCAACAAGCAAUAUGUUAUACGAAAUGUUCAUGUGUUUGAUGUUUUAGAGCUAAUACAAUUCUAUUUCGAACUAAAGUACAAAAAUAUAUGAUUUCUUAUAUGUGUGCCAGAUAAAUAUAGUAAAUGUUAAAAAAAAAAAAAGAAACAAACUUAUUCGAUCUCUGAAUGAUCCAACACAGGGACAGACAAUAGUGUAGUGUGCUGUAAUAUGUAAAUUCUUUUAUUUUGACAGCAUUAGAUCUAUAUAAUGUAAUGUUUGAGGUAUAUUUGUAAUCAUUUUUAUUGAGGAGAAUUAGAUAUAGAUUGAAAAUCAUUGUACUGCCAAUAUAGUUUUAAGAGCUUCGCCUAUAAAGCUUUUUGAAUUUUGAUAUUUGUAUCAUAAUCUUUAAUUUGUACGUUGAGUGCUGCGGGACCUUAAGUUAAGGUCUACUUAAAAGGAAAGCUAUGCGAUUAUAUUUAUUUUGCUCGAAGCGAAUGUUGAUAAAUACUAUUUUGAAUUGGGUCUCUUAAGUCAUGACAGGUAAUGGUUAAGUUGCUAUUUUCUACUAUUUUUUUUACAUGAAGCAACUUUAAAAUUGAAAUCAAUACAGUUCGCACAAGAGAUGUUAUUUAAACCAUAAACCAAUUGCAAGACGGAACGCAUGUGGGUUGAUGCGCGAACAAAUCGAUUUUCAUGUCCUUGUUGUUUAGUUACCAAUUUACCUUACAUUUCGAUUUGAACGCACUUAUAUUUAACGUUUUUGAUACAGUUAUAUAAAUAUUUUCAUAAACAUCUUCAUAUAAUCAAAGUAUUACAGAUAGGUUUAUUUUAUUGCAUUAAAAUCAUAUGACGGUGAGGGACGGGUCGGAUUUUUUCAUAUUUUAAAGUUGCUGCGUGAGACAAUUACUCUGACAAGAACAAUUUGUGUAAAUCAGUUAAUUAAAUGAUGAUUUUUUUUUUAAUUUACAUAACUGUUUGUUUAUACCAUUAUUAAAAUUGGGACGCACAGUUUACUUUAUUUAGUUUAUAAUUUGAUUUAUAUUUUUUAUGUUUUUUUUUUGCUAAAACUUCAUGUCUAAGUUACAACAGUUUUCGGGGUUGCGUAUACCUUCUUUAAUACUAUGGUGACAAGGGUUUAUUUUAUACCAGUGUUUAUAGUUAGAAAUAAAUAUGAUUUAUAUAAUGCUUUGUUUUGUGUCAAUUACGUAUUGGAAAUAAAAAGGUAUUCUUAAAUUGAAAUAUUCGAGCCCAAUCCUAUUCUGUUUCUUACCCUAAAGUAUUCUGGUUUUAUAUAUGAUUAGUUCUAAUAGACACCAAACUAAAUGUCGCAGUUUCUUUUAUCUUAACAUAAAUGUUUGAAUGAAACACAGGCCCUUUCACAAUGCCCAGAAGUUUUCAAAAAACUUCUCGGGAGAGAUAGCACAGUUUUUGAUGGAGACUUUGUCUCUUGACUAAAGUGAAGAGAAUACGUCACAGUUUUUUUGUGCACUGCAUGUGGUCGCUUUUGAAUUGAAGGCCUAAGAAACAAUAAAAUUUUGUGACUUUCCGUUUUUAUAUGUAACAUUUGAUGUCUUCCAUUGGUUUCUCAUUUGGCUUAAAUUAACCGUGCCUGCAGUCAGUUCAGGAUUGAAGUUAUGUUUGAUUCAAACACUUAGUAGGUAUAUACACGUAUUCCUUUACUUUCACUGUUUUGUACACAUAUAAUGCUGUCGUAUGUAAUAAUAGAAUUCUCUCAGAUUUAGUGCAAUAACUUUUCAUAGAUCAAUAUAGAACCGUAUAUUGCAGUUUUGUUAAUAUAUAUGUACAUUUUAUUAGUCUCAAAUGCACAUUGUUUACAGUAACGUGGAAACACCAUGCAAUAUAACACAAUAAAUUCAUUCUUAUAGUUCAUAAGCAAUAAUAAAAAUACGUAUUUGAUAGUAAAUUUUCAAAUUGUAUUUACAGCCUCUAUUGUUUUACAGUUUUAGCUAGAUCAUGAGUAAAAUAAAAGAUUUUUGAUAAAUUGGUAAAUGUAUAUAUAUUACAAAUUAUGUUAAGGUCCGGUAAACGUUUAACGAGACAUAAGAAUCGAAUCAUUUAACAGUGUUCAGUUCAAUAUGAGUGGCGUUUUCGACGUUUUGCGAUGUAUUUAUUAGGAAUAUUCGAAUAAUUUACCAGACACGAUUUUUAAAUUGUUUCGUUCGUAUUUAUAAGAAAAUCGUUAUAAAAUUUAAUAUUGUAUGUUUAAUUCUUGUAAUUCUAACGCCUAAAGCAAUAAAUACGCCUCUUAGACAAUUUUAAGACAUUAAUAACAUACAAUAAUUCACUUCAUAUUUAUAAAUGUAUGUAUAAUAUUUACUAAUGUCCAGAUAACAAUAUUUAACAUUGCUCUGACUUGUCUGUUCUAAGUUUGAUAAUUAUCAAGAUUUGUGGAGCAAUUUUGUAUAAAUUCAACGUGUAAAGAUAUUUCAACUAAGCAAAGAAAUCUUAAAGUCUCGAAUAAGAUAAAAAGUCUGUAUAUAAAAUUUUAGACAAAGGUUAAGACUAUAAGACUAAAAAAUUGGUAAACCAGCUUCAACAAGCUUUGAGGAAAAUAAUUGUCCAAGCAAACAUCCACUCAUUAAUUGUAAAAUUGGUUUUGCAGGUUUUUAUAACAUUUAAUCGGUCUUCAGCGUUCGUUCGGACGCCAAUUAAUUAUGUAUGAAUCUCUCAUCACGAUUAUAUCAUCGAGAUUAAUUUUAAUUGCAUUUUUGAUGUCCUGGGAUGCGUCCUUAGGUCAAGUAUUUACCUGUUAAGUGUUACAUGCACGGAACGAUUGAAUAAGUCGGAGACCGUGACGCAUUUUACCGGUUAUUGAUAUAAUAUUAUGUAUAUUUGUGUCCUAAACUUUACGUGUUGUAAGGUUUGAAGCCAUACUCGUACCUUGAGUACUUAGUUUUAAUAUUGCUUGUGCGCGCUGGUGUAGAAUUAAAUGUAAUAUCAUUUAUAUCAUUGACGACGAUGGAAUAGUUAACUGUAGAACACCAAUUAUAGCCUAAUUAAUUGUAAUUCAUAGCGUGAUGCUUAGAUUUAUUUAUAAGAUUUUUUUAUAUGUAGAAAGCAGGGAGCAUCGUCUAAUAAAAUUGCAUGAAAAAUAAGUUGUUACAUAUUUUUGUGGAUACUUAAUCACGUGUUUAUUUCAUGCUAUGUUUUUGUUGGAACGUAGGCGAUGUUUUUACCCUGUAUAGUAUACAGAAAUAAUUAAAGUAUAAAAUUAGGCAGUUUAAUUUGUUUUUUAUCGGAUUAGGUACGAACAAUGGAAGUGUAAGCUUGGCUAUAAUUUAUGUAAUAAACUAUCGAUAAUUCAA